UAUGAUUAGAUAAAGUUCGAAUAAUGUGAUUCGAAUUUACGUUUUAAAAAUGGCCCGUCUUCGAUAUUUUACACCUAACGAAAUUGUUCUUCACAACAAAUCGGAUGAUUUGUGGGUGUCGUUGUUUGGAAAAGUUUAUAAUUUGACUUCAUUAUACGAAAAACACAAGGGAAGUUGUCUAUUUGAUCCAAUUUUGGCUUUUGCAGGCAAGGAUAUUUCUAGUUGGUUUCAUCCUAAAACUCUAAAUCCAAAAACACACGUUAAUCCUAAAACCAAUUCUAUAACUCCAUUUACCCCCUUUGGAAAGUUUAUCGAUUUGUCUUUAGUAGCAACAGAUUUUCAGGAAUGUAAUAUUGAAGAACAUUUUUCAGAAGCUACCAGUGAUCGUUCACAAAAUGCCCAUAAUAUAGAAGAAUGUAACCAAGAGAAAACAGACGAAGAGAUAACAAACGAAACAGAUAGACCUAAGCUUCCUUGGUGGAAAGAUGAUUCUUACGUAAUUGGAUUAGUGACCUCAAAACCCAGAAAAAUUCAUAUUGUUAAUAUGCUCCUAUUGAAGGGCGUAACAAUUGAGGUUUGCUGCGAAGAAAAUAUGAACGAGAUAUUAAAACGUUAUCUCAAGUAUAAUACCCAUGCAAACAGUUACACUUGGAGAUAUCGAGGAAAAGAUCUGAAUAUGUUAGGAACUUUAGAAGAGAAUGGUAUCAAAGAUAUCAGUGAAGACCUUUACAGGUUAAAACUAAAUGAAGAUGAUUUCAUUCCAAUCAUUCAUCUUUAUUAUAAUGACGAUUUAACUGUAGUUUAAAAAUUAUUUAUUAUUUUAAUCGUAAU